GCGUUGAUAACUUGAAUAUUGUGCUGGAUGAUACUGCAUAUCAAAAUCGUGUAGGAAUACCUGUAAACAACUGAGCAACUAAAAGAUGCUUUUCCUUGGCUUUUCCUGUUGAGAAAGUCGUGGAAAAUAUCGGAAUUGGUCGGACCGAUUUUGCCGGCGCCCAGAGUGAUGACGUAUGACGGCUUACCUCUUCACGACAUAACAUUCAACAACUCUCCUGUAUCUCUUCCACGACUACUCACUAAUCUUAGCCUCGACCGUACUUUCAUUAUAAAUCGCAAUGUCUAUGCUAGACAAGUUCAAGAAAGGAGCGCAGAAGGCAGGCAUCCAAGCAACGGCCUUUGUGCAGGCGAGUUCAACAAAGGUAGCCAGCGGGUCAAGGGACUUUGUGCACGGGUUCAGCCUUCCUGGAGAGGCAGAGAAAGCGGCAAAGAUUCUUGAUAGCUUUUUGGCUGAUCCCGAACGACCAGAGUCGGCGCUAAACUCGAUUCCAAAGGCUGUUCUACACGGUGCACGGGGUGCGUACCCAUAUCAUCUACUUGCUAAGAAUUACCUUUUAUGUUGUUCUGUUAUUAUAGGGCUGGCUAUCUUCCAAGUCAUAAAGGCAGGCUUCGUCUUCUCAGGGAAAGCCGGCUCAGGCCUCGUCAUUGCGCGCCUCCCAGAUGGUUCAUGGUCCGCACCCUCGUGCAUCGCAACUGGGGGCCUGGGCUGGGGCCUCCAGAUAGGCGCCGACAUCACCGAUUUCGUCGUCGUGCUCAACAGCGAAGACGCCGUUCGUGCGUUCUCAAUCGGCGGCAAUGUAACCAUCGGUGGAAAUAUCAGCGCUGCUGCGGGACCCAUCGGAACGGGAGGAAGCGUUCAAGCGUCAUUGGCGCACCCGGCACCUAUGUUCUCGUAUUCCAAGUCGAAGGGUCUAUUUGCGGGGCUAUCACUUGAGGGAACCGUCCUCAUCGAGCGCAAGGAUGCUAAUCGUGAAUUCUAUGGCUCACCGGUGCCUGCUCGGGACAUUCUCGGUGGCCGUGUCCCUCCACCCGAGGUAGCCUCCAAACUUUAUGAGAUCAUUGAAGCUGCGGAGGGACUAGAUGAGUCGGGGUUACCAGAAGCAGCCUAUGUACCCACCGCUACUGGAGACCAUAUCCAGAUGAACAGGGAUGGAAACCAUACGGUCUUCGAUGCUGACGGUCACUGAAUUCAUUAUUCGAUGGUGGGCCUACCUGGAUCCUGACAGUGUAGAGAGAACCGCCAACUUUCUUUAUGAGUUUUCUCAUUUUAAAGCCUCCAUAUUC